AGUAUCGCAAGGCUUACGUAUUUAUCGGUAUUAACGCGUACAGAUGGUAUGCGUAUGUUAGUAUGAAACAGCAGAGCUACGUAGGUUUAGCAGGCAAUGGUUGCCUAGACUAGGCGUAUAUAAUAUCCAGGUGCAGCUUUUCAGUAUACAUUUGCAAAGUCAGUAACAAGGAAUAUAAAGAGAGAUAAUCGAAAAUGUAUAAUCCACUAGUUCCAGAUAUACCUGCAGGUCAGAGUUCAAACAUUGCUGAAGAUGAGAUGGAGAAAGAGCCAUCUUGUUGCUCACCAACCCGUUCCAAGUUAAAGACCUCUCCUAUCAAAGUGUUCAGUUUGAUCCAUAUUUUGUGUGGUGCAUUGGCCAUUGGAUUGGGCAUCGUAGCAUGCGUCUUUGGUUGCAUGUACCCAGGAGCCGGCAUUGUGGCUGGUGUAGCAUUUUUUGCAACCGGUGUUGUUGGAAUGUACGUGAUGAAACAUGGAGUCUUGGCUGCAGUAUAUGGGUUUUUGAGUGCAUUUAGCUUUCUGCUAAGUAUUGCUCUGACAGCGCUUAUGUUGACUGCUUUACCUGAGAGCGAAGGCUCAUACCAUGAAGUUUGCAGCAAUUAUGAAUGUUCGGGUAACCGCAAUAACUGUUGCUAUGAUUCGAUAUUAUCCAUGUCGUGGGAAAAUGUUGCAGUUGAUAUGGCUAUUCUGGUUGUUGCUGUUGUUGAAUUGGUUGCCUCAUUGCUGGCUACAACUCUGAGUUUACGCAAUACAAAUUGGAUCACAAUUUGCUGUUUGAAAAAAAAUAUGGAUGAACAGCAAGCUGUUUCAAACUCUGUUCAGAGAACUAGUGUGCAUUCGACAGAUGAAAGUUCACCACUGAGUGGCCAAUCCCCGGCCAUGAAGCGAUGCUGGAAACCUUGUGAGAGCAAAAGUCACCGCAAUCUCACCAUCACCCUAAGUGUGAUCGAUAUCGUCAUCGGGGUCAUCUGUGUUGCGAUUGGAAUCUUUGCGGUGUACGUUGGUACUAAAUAUGCACACAUCGGAAUACCUAUCUGGUCUGGAUUAAUGAUAUUUGCAGUGACUGGUAUUUUUGGGCUGUUGAGUGUCACAAAGAAGGGAUCAUAUAUUCCCUGUUUCUUUUCACUUUCCAUUCUUGCGUUUCUGAUGUCUAUUAACAUGUUCACAUGGGGUUCUUCAAAUAUAUGGAAUGGGUAUGACGAUUACAUUUACGGAUGUAUCGACUGGAGUUGCAAAACCACACCAAUACCAUACACUCCAUACUAUCCCUACUAUCCUUACUAUACAGAAUACCCUUAUUGUUCUCAUUGUGUUCCUGGUUGUUGUCAAAAUGGCUACAGUAUACGAAACACGGACAAAACCGAAAAGUUUUUGCUGGACUUGCUCACUGUGGGAUUUGGAGUUUUGGAAACGUUGAUCUGCAUUGUAACCAUAGGCCUUUCAUUUUCUCAAUUAAGUUGUUACCUAUGUUGCCGGGGCUUAAACUGCAACUGUUGUCAACCUGAGACUAUUGACCAAUACCAGAUGGUUAUGACCCCUAAUGGUAAUAUGAUGAUGUUAGCUGUACCAAAAGCACAUGGUAUGCCAACAAUGGUACAGAACCAGCCAGUUAUGGUACAGCACCAACCAGUAGUGAUUCCAAACCAACAUAUUGCUGCUCAGAACCAACAAGUAGGGAUUCAAACUCCACCAGUAAUUGGAAUUGGAGAACGUAGUGGACCUGAAGAACAGCUACACAGUGCACAACAACCAGUAACCAUCCACACUCAGGGGCAUGCACCAAUGUUGGCCCAGAGUCCUGGCCAACUAAUGAUGGUAGGUGGACAGGGACAACCAUACCAGGGACGACCAAUGAUGCUCCAAGCUCAGAGGCAACCAAUAAUGCUCCAAGCUCAAGGGCAAUCGAUGAUCGUCCAAGGUCAGGAACAACCGAUGAUUCUACCAGCUCAGGGACAACCAAUGAUUGUCCAAGGUCAUGGACAACCAAUGAUGGUACAUCAAGGUCAGGGGCAACCAAUGUUUCAACAGCCAAUGUUUGUACAAGGUGUGGGGCAAGUAGGUAUGUUUCAAGGACAGGGACAGCCAACCAAUCAAACAGUUAUGAUUACGGGACAAGGUCAACCACUUCAUACUGUGACCCAAGCACAGAUGCCAAGACCUGAGCAACAGAUACCUGCUACUGGAGAACCUGCUGACACUGGAGAAGCAAUGGCAUUGGUAGCUGGACAAGAUGCUGGCAGCAUCUUAAAUCCUACCGUUUAAAUUCCAAUAUUUGGUUGUAAAUUGCACAACUAGAUACACAGUUUUAUUGAUUUUAACACAUAUUCUAUAUUUAUGGGUAUAACUUAAAUAACCAGAGUAUGGAAAUCUAGAUUUUAGGAGGAAUAUGAACAGGAGUAGUCAACUGCAAUGUAAUCUAAUUUAUGUAUUAUGUAUUAUGUAUAUUAUGUGUGAUAAUAAUACUUGGAUAUCUUUAUUGCUACAAUCUUAAUUACAGUAUUUUAUUUAAAAUUGUCUGAAAUACAUGUUGCUCAUCAAAGUAAUAUAUUUCUUAUGCCGGGUACUCACUGCAUCGUACGACCGUCACACAAUGAAUCCAACUCCUCUCCAUGCGAGCGAUAGAUGACGCGACGCAUCUGCUGAUUGUUGCUGGCAGCCUGAAAGGAUCGUCAUUAAAUAUUAUUCGUCGUGUGCGCAUCAUCGUGUUGCACUUAUCGUGUCGGCCAGCGACCAUCAGGGCAGUGAAUGGUCGGCUUUAGUCUUAAUAUUCUCAUUAUACUGUUCCAGUGUUAUUCAUAUUCUCAUGGUACAUUUAUUCAAAAAUUCAAAUAUAAACAAUACAUUUUACAUUUAGAAUGAGAUAAAUACUACACAGAAUUUUAAAAUUGUAGCUUUGUAAUCGAUUGCUUAAAGCAUGUCUUGUUCCAAAUCUUAAGCUUUUGUGGAUAGUGCGGUACAUUGAUAAAAUAUCAAUAUUUUUACAUUUAUAGUUUUUUAUGUUUAAAGCUUUAUUAUUAGAUUCGCUUUUUUCUUAUUAAUUAUAAUACAAAGCUUUUUAGCUUUGUGCUACCGUCUUGUACGUUUUUUUUUUUAUAUGCUGAAAUAAAUAAAUAAAAUAUAUACAAAAUAUAA